UCAGACAACCUUACAAGAAUUGAACAAACAAAAAGACAACAUCGACCUUGACGAACAUAUCGACGAGCAAAUAAUCACCGCCUAUACGAUCAGUGAAAAAGGCUACCAGUUCCGAUCUCAACGAAUUCAAAAAUUAAGGAACGGCAAGAGAGAUCCACGAUAUCUACCCGAGGGAGAAUAUUAA